AUGAUACCACACAGGAAAAACGAUUCAUCAUUCCUAUCAGUUCCAGUUUCUCGGGUGGGCUCUACACAAAGACUAAAUCAAUUGGCAUCUCAUGGUGUUACUAAUGGUAGCCCCAAUUCUUAUAAUUCCAUUCCGUCUACACCCAAUGCAUAUGUUUCCUCCUCGUUGAAUCCUACGAAAGGAAUAUCAACAGGACCAGAAACAUCCAAUCAAAUAAUAACGAAAGAAGAUAGGGAUGUGUUUGAGAAAUUAUCUAUAGUUGAGAAAGUAAACGAAUUCGAACAAAAUUUAACAAACCUUUCCUUUAAAGUUUCUUCUUUUAAGGAAGAUGAGUUAGCUCUGUUGAUCGGCAAUUUGAUCGAGUUGAAUGAUGUUAUAUGCUCCGAGAUAGGAGAAUUAGAAAAACACCGAGAUCUAGGCACAAACAUUAAAAGUCUUAAAGACAAGCAAGCUCAUUUAGAUAAUAGUUCUAAAAUCAUAUUGAAAGAAUUAAUAUCAUAUCGAAAUGACUUAAAAAAGUUGCCACGAUUACCUUCGAAUAAAAAUAAAUCUUCAAUAUUUCCAUCUCCGAAUGAUAGUAAAGUCGAUGUAAAUGAGGUUUUAAAAUAUGCACUGAAGCUUUCUAAAUUUACCAAAGCACCACCUACAGUUGCGAAUUUACCCUUUCAAAUACACCCUAAUAAUUACGUAUGGCCUGCAGAAGAUGCUUUGCGAAGAGGUAUGUUGGCUAUGAGUUCAAUCAGAGUAGAUGAUAUCAUCAAAGCAGAGUUAGGAGAAGACUCAGUGGAAGUGAAAGAAGAAGCUGUAAAGAAGACAGAAGACAGUAAAGUUGAAAGUAGAACCAAUUCACCAGCUGCAGAACGUAGAGGUUCUUUUGUAGAACACACGGGUGAACCGAAAAAACAGGAAGGCCAUGGUGCUCUAGAUUUAGACUUGUUCGAUCCUGACGAGGAAGAUUUUUCAGACUAA